AUAUAUAGAUUGAUCAGAUUCUCUUCUCAUAUCCUAUACUUAACUUCAGUUUCAAACCCUGCAAAAAUGACAAAUAAUAAUGAGUCUAAGUUCCCACCUCAGAGCCAGAAAACUCAGCCAGGAAAAGAACAUAUCAUGGAACCACUCCCACAAACCAUAAAUCCUGUUCACAAGCCCUCCAAUAAACUAAGGGGAAAGGUGGCAUUGGUGACAGGAGGUGACUCAGGGAUAGGAAGAGCAGUGUGUCUAAUAUUUGCAAAAGAGGGUGCAACAGUGACCUUUACAUAUGUGAAGGGUGUUGAGGACAGGGACAAGGAUGAUACUUUGAAGAUGUUGCUAGAAGCUAAGACAAGUGAUGCACAAGAACCAUUGGCAAUUGCUGCUGACAUUGGAUAUGAUGAGGAUUGCAAACAGGUUGUUGAAUUUGUUGUCAAAGAAUAUGGACACAUUGAUAUUCUUGUUAAUAAUGCAGCUGAACAGCACCUCAAAAACUCAAUAGAGGAUAUCACUGAACAACAGCUUGAAAGAGUCUUCAGGACCAACAUCUUUUCACACUUCUUCUUGGUCAGGCAUGCUUUGAAGCACAUGAAAGAAGGGAGCUCAAUCAUAAACUCAACAUCAGUAAAUGCCUAUACAGGGAAAGCAGAAACAUUGGACUACACAUCGACCAAAGGAGCCAUAGUGGCAUUCACUAGAGGUCUUGCUCAACAGCUUGUGAACAGGGGAAUAAGAGUGAAUGCUGUAGCUCCAGGUCCAGUUUGGACACCAGUUCAACCAGCUACCAUGCCAGCUGAGAUGAUACAAAACUUGGGGUCUGAUGUGCCAAUGAAACGAGCAGGUCAGCCUUGUGAGAUUGCACCUUGUUAUUUGUUCUUGGCUUCUCUUCAGGAUUCCUCCUACUUUACUGGCCAAGUCCUCCAUCCAAAUGGUGGAAUGAUAGUGAAUGCUUAGUACUAGUCUGCUGAAGUAAUUGUGGCUUCGCCUGUUUUGUUAUUAAACGGUGUUGCUAUGUUAUGGUCCCUUCAAUAAGCUGUCCAUGUUGGAUUGUAUAUCAACUUCAAUUUGGAUGUAUAUUUUGCGUUAAUUAAAGUGCGUUGUGUUUGGAUUACAUAUGCAUUCGGAUAA